CGCAGUUCCUUCCCUUCCCCCGCAAUCCAUCCCCAACGCCAUGGCCUCCACGCUCGCCUGGAGCUCCGCCGCCUCCUCCUCCGCCCCCUCCUCCCGCCUCCCGCCGCGCCGCUCCCCGUCGCUGGUCGUCGUCGCCCAGGGCAAGGUCAAGAAGUAUCGCCAGGUCAUACUGACAGAUGACAUAGCAGAGGUGGGGAAGAAAGGGGACACGCUUAAAGUGAGGGCCGGGUUCUACCGCAACUUCCUUCUGCCAAAGGGCAAGGCAACGCUGCUCACCCCAGAAGUACUCAAGGAAAUGCAAGUAGAACAGGAGAGGAUAGAUGCUGAAAAGAAGCGGGUAAAAGAAGAGGCACAGCAACUUGCCCGUGUUUUUGAAACUAUUGGGGCAUUCAAAGUGCCACGUAAAGGUGGGAAAGGAAAACAGAUAUUUGGGAGCGUCACAGCACAAGAUCUUGUUGACAUCAUAAAGUCACAACUUAAUAGGGAUGUCGACAAGCGUCUCGUGACAGUGCCAGAAAUUCGUGAAAUUGGGGAAUACAUUGCAGAGAUUAAGCUUCACCCUGAAGUCACAGCUCAAGUAAGGCUGACCGUAUAUGCGAAAUAAGCCCUGAAGCUGCUUGAUUGAAUCUUUAGUGGAUGGUGGGCUUUGGAUGAAUUCUGAUUUCACCAGAGAUUUUUGCUGAAACUCCAAGGUGCAGUGUCACAUCACGGGGCUUGGUCUUUACACAUUGCCACUGUCCAUCCUACCUGUAAAGUCAGUUUCUUGCACCUUUUUUUUUUUGACAAAUUUAUUUGUGUUAAUGUUAUGGGGUUAAAUGGGCAUGAUGUAAACAACAAAGGGUUCAGAGUCUAGAGCAACUGAUACUUGUCUUGUAAUCUUGUUUAAAGGUGCACGUUCUUUAUAGUCAUAUAGUUUGAUAGAGCUA